AGUGCUUGUCAAAGCGGUUGCCCCGCAGCCUUGUCGUAAAGUAGAAUACGGCUUGUCGAAAAACAACUUUGUUUUUUACGUUCAAAAUAGCUGUCGGACGAGAUCCGCACAGAAACAGCAGCAAUGAAUAAACGCGAGUAUAAGAUUGAUGAGUGUAUAUUGUGACAGGUAAGAAAAACGAAAACUUUGGGAUUGGUGGACACUGCUUGCCCUUCUUCAAGGAUGGACCCUGUGGUCUUGAGCUACCAGGACAGCUUGCUGCGGCGCUCUGACGUGGCCCUUCUGGAGGGCCCCCACUGGCUGAAUGACCAGGUGAUUGGGUUUGCCUUUGAGUACUUUGCCACUGAACGCUUCAAGGGUCUCUCUGAGUCCAUCUGCUUCAUCAGCCCGGAGGUUACUCAGUUCAUCAAGUGCGCAUCUAGCCAGGAUGAGCUGGCCAUUUUCCUGGAGCCCCUGGGCCUGCCAGAACGCAAGUGGAUCUUCCUGGCGGUCAAUGACAACUCCAACCAGACAGCUGGGGGCAGCCACUGGAGCCUGCUACUCUACCGCCAGACAGGGAGCUGUUUCGGCCACUAUGACUCCCACAGUGGGAGCAACUCCCUGCAUGCGAGGCGCAUUGCAGCCAAGUUGGAAACUUUCCUGGGCACCGGGGGGAAGGUUCCCUUUGUGGAGGAGGCAGCCCCGGCCCAGCAGAACAGCUACGACUGUGGCAUGUACGUGAUCUGCAACGCAGAAGCUCUGUGCGAGACUGCGGGCACCGAGGACAGCCCUUGCUUGCUUACCCAGCUCAUCACCCCAGCAUACAUCACCCAAAAGAGGACAGAGUGGAGAAGACUGAUCGAACAGCUGGCCAAGAAAUGAUGGGCUGGUUAAGGAGACACUCGCACUAGCAUAUGUAUUUAUAGGGCACUAAGGCGGCCUAGAGGUUUACCAAAUGUUUUAGCCUUAAAAACCUUGUUGAAUGUUUGACGUCUUUUUUGUCGGGCUCUGCAGAUCCAUUAUUUAUACAGGGUAGCUCUUUAAGCCUUCUUGAAGGGUGGUGGAGAAAUGUACCGAUAGGGUAUUCCCUACCUAAAUCAGCAAACCGACACAGUUGCUCAGCAGUCUAAAGCACUUAAGUCCUUAAAUUCUGCCAAACUAAUGAAACCGUUUUUAAAUGCUUCAUUAUUGAUUAUGCUUGUCUCAAAUGGUUAUGAUAAUAUUUAGUAGGAACAGGAGAUUUAAACAGAGUUCUGCAAUGAGACACAUGAUUCUGUGAAUGUUUUAAUUAUGUCUCUUUAUUUCCUGUAUAUGCAAUUAAAAAAAAAAAAAAAAAAAAAAAAAAAAAAAA